AUGUUAAGUUUUCUUCAUGCAGCGAAUAAGCCGAAAGAAUAUAUUUGUUUGGACAGUUGGUUGGUUCUCUCAAAAAUACCCGAACGCUUUGAAGCGACCGACGAUCUACUAAAGAUAUGUGCUAAGCUCGAACAGAUAGAUGUUAGUUUUAGGGAGAUUCACAGCAAUGGCAAUUCACAACAGAAAGAUCACGAUUUCAUCGUCAACAAAGUGACAGAGUUCAUCUUGGAUAUAUUGAAUGUUUACACUCUCUCGAAAGACUCCACCGCCAAAGUAGCAUACUCCUUCAUGUUGGUUGCACUCUCACAUAUAAGACCACAAUGUACACGUGAUUUAAAGUAUUUAAUGGAUAUAUUGGCAGCAUAUAACUUUAGUUUUGGUUAUCAUGAAUCUAAUUUAUUUGUUGAUGUAUCACACAAGUUUCCUUGCCCAAAUUGUCAUACCGAAUGUCAUGUCAAGAAUAGCAAGAUAGGUUUGUUUCUAAAAUCAGAACAACUAGCAUCUUGUUAUAGUUGCUUACUAAAAGUAUCACAAAAGAAUAUUGAUAUGUUCGGUCUUGGUUUCUAUUCAAAGGCAAUGACACCGCACAUCGGUGCAAUAUCAGCGAGCAUCUUUCAGAAAAACAAUUUGGAGCAAGCCAAGUUGUUUCAAUUGACCGUACCCAUCUUACAGCAACUUCAAAUCGUACCUAAACACCUGGUACAUCAACAUGCAAUGCAUCAACAAGAACUUGCAAGAAUCAAGCAAACACAACAAGUUUUGGUUGCCAAUCGAUUAAUUAGUAAUAACAGAACAACAACACCAGUAAUAAUAUCUCAACAACAGCAACAGCAACAGCAACAGCAACAGCAACAGCAACAGCAACAGCAACAACAACAACAACAACAACAACAACAACAACAACAACAACAACAACAACAACAACAACAACAGCAACAACAACAACAACAGGUACAUCAAACAACACAACCUAUAAUUAUAAAACAACAACCAAAUCCAUUAUCAUUUAGUACGAAUAAACCACCAGAGAUUGUACCUAUUCAAAGAAGAUCUAUCACACCGAUUCCUUCGCACAAUGUACCUGUGCAAGUGGUUCAGGCACCAAAGUCUGUUGCCACCACAACAGUAGUUUUCAAUAAUUCUCAAGGUUUACCUCCACUUCCUGUCGUUCAAAGACCAAAGCUUUCGGCGAGCACCAACCAACAAGUGCCAAUGGUCAAGCCUUUGACACCGGAGGAGCAGUUGGCCAAAGAGAUGGAAGAGAUUCGAAAGAGAAACUACGCAAGAGUCAAAGAGGCAUGGGAUUCAUUCAAUAGACUUGGCGAACGUUUGGCAUAUCGACGAAAGAUACAGGAAGAAGCUGAUAAUGAAAGUAACAAAGGGAAACAAAUAUUGUUAUUAACGUGGAGACCACACAGACCAGCAGUAGUAGUCAAUAAAGAUAAUCUAGUAGUCAAGAAGAAUAUUGUACCGCCAAAACAACAAGAAAAGUCAUCGUUUAAUAGAAAGCAAAAGAAAUUGUUAAGACCAUGGAAAAAGAAAAUGUUUUUGGAAGGUGAAAUUCCACAUGGUACAUCACUUGAAGAGGUAGCAGAGAUACUUGAUAAGAAGAAGAUAAAAAUAGGGUUAUAUAGUAAAAAGAAUAGUAGUCCAAGCAAUAACAAUAAUAUUAAUAAUAAUCAAAAAACAUCUGAUUUUAAGAAAUCAUCAGCAUCCAAAUUUAGAGAUAAUAUUAUUGAUUCUCAAAAAGAUAAAGAAAAGGAGAGACAAAAGGAAAGAGAGAAGGAGAGGGAAAAGGAAAGAGAGAGAGAGAGAGAAAGACAGAAACAAAAAGAAAGAGAAAAGGAAAAAGAAAGAGAAAGAGAAAGAGAGAGGGAAAAAGAAAAAGAAAGAGAGAGGGAAAGAGAAAGAGAGAAAUUAAGAAUAAGAGAGAAAAAUAAAGCAAAAGAGAGGCAAAGAGAAAGAGAGAAAGAAAAGGAAAGAGAAAGAGAGAAGGAAAAGGAGAGAGAGAAAGAGAAAGACAGGGAAAGAGAGAAAGAAAGAGAAAGAGCUAGGUCAAGAGAAAGAGAAAAAGAAAAGGAAAAAGAUAGAUCGAAAUCAAAGGAAAGAGAAAGAAGCAAAGAAAGAAACAAAUCACCAAAGAGAGAGAAAGUCUUGGAUGUGGAUGAUGAAGAAGAAGAGUACGCAGUGGAAUGUAUUUUACGUCAUAAAUAUGUAGGUGGUGAAUUAGAGUAUUUGGUGAAGUGGGAAGGAUAUUCAUCGGAAGAAUCCAGUUGGGUCAAAGAAAAAGACUGUAAUUGUACAGCGCUUAUUCAAAAGUACUUAAGUUCUCAAGGAUUGAAAUCACUUUAA